GACAGCUUAAAGACCACCAAGAAGAUGGCUGCAAAACAUUGAAACAGUCCGGUGGUUGUCACGGAACAGUACCGUAGUUAGUGAAGUCAACACUAACUCACGCAGUCCCCUGCUGUGGAGAUGCAGAGAAGUUUAAAGUGUGGUAAAAUAGUCUCUGUGUCGUUAGCAGAAGCCGAGGAGGCUCGCCUUCCGUUGACAACACCGUUGAUCCGUUCGUUCAAAACAUAUCGCUAAUAAACAGCUUUAGCGAAGAAACGCAGAUAAAUACAGACACAUGGCUGUGUUUAACCAGACACCAUGAACAGGACCAAACUGAAGAAUACCAAGGCGCCAGGAGGGCAGAAGAACAUCUUAUCUUUCUUCUCCCAAAAUCACCAGAAGGACGUGUUGUCUUCUGCAAAAUUACCCGUCACUGGCACUGCACUUGCCAGGACUGAACCUCAGAUCAAAGAUGGCCAAACCUCCACGUCAAGACCCCACUCCCCCUUAAAGAGGAGCAUCCACUGGGAUCUGGAAAACAUUCAUCCCCUCUCCCCAGAUCUCCUCCUCUUUGUCCCCGAGACCCCCGACAGUCAGAUCAAGCUCUCGUCCUCUUCAUCCAGUGAUGGAAGUCGACUGAGCCCCCGGCCCGGCAGAGGUUUGGUGGCGGGUCUGGAGAAUCUCGGCCACUUGUCACCCAUCUGUCGUAGUCCCAGAUCUAAAAGUCAAAGAGCACGGAGAGUCAUGGGCGAGGAGGGAGGACACACAAAGAGGGAAGAGGGAUGCUCAGUGAAAAGAGUCAUCAGCCCUCCUCAAGAGUCUCACAAUGCCAAAAGACCAAGAAAUGCCAAUCCAGCAAAGCCAGUUGGCCCUUUGAGGACACCUCGUUGCCCCGGUGACCAAUCAGAGGGCCAGUCUGUCUCUAAUGAUAAGGGAAAGGUUUUAGAGGAACAGAGAAAACAUCAGAAAGAGAGAGAUGAAAAGGAGAAAGAUACUGGUUUUACUGCGAUAACGGGGCAGAAAGCAAAUGGAAACCUACACACUCGUCCGGAUAAAGAUACUCACACUCUUUCCUGCUCACCUGCGAUGCAGAGAAGUGAAGAGCCGGGAGAGUUUGACCUUAAAAGGGCAGCACGGACAUCCAAUGGAGACGACCCGACAUCAUCUGAUCAGCAGCAGGCUGGAGGGGAAAAUCCAGGAAUGACGUCAAGCGGUCCUUUGGAAGAGAUGGUGGACGACAGCUGGUUUGAUGACCUGAUGGACUAUAAGGAAGGUCUUGUCAUAGAGGAGAAAUCCAAAAAACCACGUAAGGUGCCAGACCAUGUGAUUCUUUCUGGAGGACUUAACAACCGCUACUGGGUGUUAGAUGUGGAGGAGAAGCCUGGCAAAAAAACCCUGACCAUCACAUGCUUCAAAUCUCAACAUCCAACUGAGACGUGUCUGCUGAAAGACGGAUGGGAGAUGACCCCAGUGUGUUGUGGGGAUGUGGUGCAUCUGGAGGGGGUCUCUGACGGGGGCUCCUGGGUGGUGGGCAGGGAGCAGGGCUUCCUGGUUUUACUGCCUGACAGCCUUAUCUCAGGCACCAGCAUCUCGAGCUCCAUCCGCUGCAUGAGGCGAGCAGUACUGGCAGACAUGUUCAAGACUUUUGACGGUGGCUCCAAACAGAUGCUGAAUGGCACCAUUGUCCAUGAGGUCUUCCAGAGGGCAGCUAGAGCUAAAGACUUUUCAUUGGAGACACUGACUAAAAUGGCAGACCAAGCCCUAUGCAGUCCUCAGUACCUGGUAGAUAUGUACAGUUUGGGUGUGAGUCAAGAAGAGAUGAAGCAGGAACUGCAUGAGUAUCUGCCCUCACUGGAGCGUUGGGCAAAGCAGUACCUCAGCUCUUCAUCGCCAAAAGCCAUCAGCAUCAAAAUCCCUAGCAACAGCAAAGCUCCAGGCAGAUGUCAGGACUCGGCGAUGGUUGUCACGGUAGCAGAGCUGGCAGAUAUAGAGGAGAAUGUGUGGUCACCCAGGUUUGGUCUGAAAGGGAAAAUCGACGUGACGGCACGGGUACGAAUCCAAAAACCAGGAAGUGGUAGUUACAGAAGGCUGGAGGAGAAGACCAUCCCCCUGGAGCUGAAAACUGGGAAAGAGUCAAACUCCAUAGAGCAUCGCAGUCAGGUGAUUCUUUACACUCUGAUGAGCUUGGAGAGAUACAAUUCUGAAGCUGGCUUCCUGCUCUACCUGAAGACUGGCAACCUGCACCCUGUGGUGGCCGGCCACAUGGACCGCAGAGAGCUGCUGAAGCUGAGGAACACUUUGGUUCAUCACAUUCACAACUGUGUGAAGAAAGAGGCGAAGCGGAGCCGUUUGACUCGACUUCCUGACAUCCUGACCGACAGGCAAACCUGCCAGUACUGUCCUCAGCAGAGAAACUGUGCUUUAUAUGAAAGGUCUCUUGACGGCAGCUCUGCAGACGACUGUGAGGACCUUGUGCGUGACUUCCUCCAGAAGGAGACGGGUCACCUGAUCCCACCUCAUCUAAGCUAUUUUUCCCACUGGCUGCUGCUCUGCUGCCUUGAGGCUGGCACCAUGGAGGCCAAGAACGGCAGAAAGCGUGUGUGGCUUGAGAAGCCUGAGGAGAGUGAGAAGAAUGGGAGCUGUGUGGGGAAUGUGCAGCUGAGCGGCCCGGUGACCGUGCGGUCUGAAGGGGUUUUCCUCCAUAGCUUCCAGAGAAGCAGCGCAGUGCCACAGAAGGGUUUGGCCAGCAGCGGGUUGGCCAGCGGAGAUCGUAUCGUUGUUAGCGACCAGGAAGGUCGUCUGGUUGGUUUAGCAACAGGAUACCUGUGUGAGGUCAGCAGGACAUCGAUCAGCUGCACUCUGGACAGAGACCUGUCUAAGUUCAGUGGUGUGUUGUUUCGAUUGGACGCUGAUGAAGGUGUGGUGGGUCUCAGCACUCACCUCACCAAUCUCUCCAGACUGAUGGUAAACAGUGAGGACAGUGAUCGUCUGAGGGAGCUUGUCGUUGACCUUCGUCCUCCAGAGUUUAUUUCCAACCUCAGCUCUGUUCUGCCAAGAGAGUCCAAGGACACUGUGGCCAACAUCCUCAAAGGUCUCAACAAACCCCAGAAGCAGGCCAUGAAGAAGGUGUUGUUAUCUAAAGACUACACGCUGAUCGUCGGCAUGCCAGGCACGGGCAAAACCACAACCAUCUGCACCCUGGUUCGCAUCCUUCACGCGUGUGGGUUCAGCGUGUUGCUGACCAGCUACACCCACUCUGCUGUUGACAACAUCCUGCUGAAGUUAAAGCGUUUCCGUGUUGGAUUUCUGCGUCUUGGGCAAGGGCUGAAGGUUCAUCCAGACAUCCUGCCUUACACAGAGGAAAGUGCGAGAAAGAAGGGAGUUAAAUCUCUGUCUGAGUUGGAGCAGCUUUAUAACAAGGAGCUGGUAGUGGCAACCACCUGUAUGGGCAUCAAGCAUCCCAUAUUCACACGUCGGCGGUUUGAUUUCUGCAUCAUAGACGAGGCUUCACAGAUCAGCCAGCCGAUCUGUCUGGGACCGCUGCUCUACGCCAAGAGAUUCGUCCUGGUUGGAGAUCACCAACAGCUGCCACCAAUAGUGCAAAAUCAGGAGGCCAGGUCACUUGGCAUGGAUGAAAGUCUAUUUAAACGACUUGAGCUCCAUGAUGAAGCAGUGGUCCAACUCAAUGUACAGUACCGGAUGAAUAGGCAGAUCAUGUCUCUCAGUAACUCCCUGAUGUAUGAGGGCCGUCUGGAGUGUGGAUCAGAGAGGACGGCCUCGUCCCUGCUCACUCUGCCCUUCCUGCUGUCCGUCCAAUCAGAGCUCAGUGCGUACGCUGAGACUCAUCCAGAGCUCGACCUGGCUUGGAUACAAAACACGUUGCUGCCCAGCCACCCUGUCUGCUUCCUGGAUUGCUCCAUGGUGCCAGCACUGGAGUCUGUGGAGCAGGGAGGCGUCAGCAACCACACCGAGGCGGCUCUCAUUCACAAGCUGCUGUCACUGCUCAUAAAGGCGGGUUGUAAGCCCAGUGAUAUUGGUGUGAUCGCCCCCUACAGACAGCAGCUUAAGAGUAUCUCUGCUCUGCUGCUGUCCCCUGCGUUCGCCGGUGUGGAGGUGAAUACAGUCGACAGAUACCAAGGACGAGACAAAAGUCUGAUCGUUUUUUCUUUUGUCAGGAGCACUUCAGAGGAUGGAAAUUUAGGAGAGCUGUUGAAGGACUGGCGUCGCCUGAACGUAGCCAUCACCAGGGCGAAACACAAGCUGCUGAUGGUGGGCUCGAUCUCAACGCUGCGACGCUACGCACCUGUGGAGAAACUCCUCAACCAUCUCCAGCAAGAGAACAUGGUUAUCCAGCUCCCUCCAGCAGCCCACAUGGCUUUACAAAGCAUGUCCCUGUGAAAGAGUCUCUGAAGACAUGGUGGUGUUUUCAGAGCGCCGAUGUGUCUCAGUGGAGCAGCCUGUCGCUGUGGAUCAACUCAACAGGGCAGAGGUUGAAUGCCAAUCUGCAAAUGCACUCAAUGACCUGGAGGCUGAGAUCAGUUGUCAACAAUUCAAAACCUACUUAUAGCUACACUGUCAAUAUUUGAAACAAAAAUAACAUUCCACUAAAAGUUUAACAAUGUAUAACCGAUACAUUAAUCAACACACUAGGACAAGCUGAGGAAACCAGGCUUUUUAAUUAGUCUCUAUUGCCUAAAGCACUUGGAAACUCUGGUGUCUUUGUUGUAUACCAUUUUUUAAAUAUUGAAGCAUUUUGUGUCGAUAAAUGUUCCGUUUUGGCUCUAAACAUUCAUACUGAUACAAGUAGAAGGGAAAUAGCAAGACCUCAUAGAGACUUUUAGACUUCAGCUGUAAUUCUUUGCUGAUUCCUUUAAAAAUACAAUAUACGCUAAGAGUACUCCAAUAUCAAGUGUGUCAAUAUUUAAUGUCUAUGGUGUGAAACAAGGUACUUUUAAAAUAGCUAAAGAGUAGAGCAUCUGUAACAUGGUGGAAAAGUUCAAAUGUAUUGAACUGAAACUGUUUGGAUGACUUUACGGUGCAUCAAACCUCAACUAGGACUGAUCAGGAUUCAUAGACUCAGAUAUUGGUGUUCAAAUACCUCCGUCAAUACACUGUGACAAUAAUUAAGACUUCAUUGUCGGUACUUUCUCUAAACUUUUCCACACACAACACAGUAAUUCAUUCUUAAUGUGAACAGGACCGAACAUCUUACAGUUCAUCAGUCAGAUAAGCUCAGAUAUGUCAACUAAUCCGUUAACUGAAACGCGGUCUGGAGGAGGAAAAACUAGACUGAAAAAUAGUGAAGCUACAUCACACAAAUAUAUUAAGAUGAGUCAUUUUCAGUCCUAAAUGAAACAUUUUGCUGUCAUUUCUUAUUUUGUGGUGGUCACUGGACUUUAUUCACACUUGAUGAGAAAUAUUGCAUCAACAGUACUCUGUUUUAUUCUGUGAAUAGACUUAACUGGACUUGAAGUAUAAAUAACAAACUGAUAUAAAUCAAUAAUCAUUAUUUAGUCUUUAUCGAGCAGCUUUAAAUGUUAUACUGUUUUAUAGAAAGAGCUUAUUUUAGUCAAUUCCUUUGUGUUCAUCUGAAUGCAAACCUAAUGCUGCGAAACUUUACAAAGGAAACUGCCUGGUACCAUGACAACCAGAAAACCUCAAGGAGUGUGUAGGAAAUCACAAUGUAAUGUUCAUAUGUAACCUGAUGCUGACAAACUCUGAAGAUUCAACUGAUGACAGAUUUUUUUAAUACAUAUUAUUAGAGCAAGUCAGAGAACAUCCCGACCCAAGCCAACUGUGAUUCUACCGUUGAUCUGUUUUUCACCCAAUACACCCUCUGAUUUUACGUGUUCUCACUGUUUUUUUACUUUUUUAAUUUUGUAAAUAAAGAAAAUAA